UGAGGAGGACCAGAGCCAGUCGAUUCUUAGCCUCCAAGUGUUGUGUUGCUUGCUGUACUUGCACGACUUGCGUUUUUUUUUAGAAAGAUAUUCUAGUGAUUGCAAAAAUUAACCGGCACAAUUCCCUAUAAAAUCUGGUCGCUUUGAAACGACGAAAAUUCUAAAAAGUGAAUGAUCGUUAUUAUUUGUUUUUCAAUGUACGAAAACAAAUCGGGAAUAAUGGGCUAAACGCGGAGAACACGCGAGGACUUUUUUAUUUUCUUUUGAGUUGGACCGAGUGACACUUUUAUUUUGUGAUGGCCAGUAACAACGUGCAACACUAUCAACAACCAGGACAACAACAACAAGCCAGCUCGACACCGUACCAAUGCAAAGAAUGCGGACUUUACUUGAACUCUGCGGAAUCCCUCGAAGUCCACCUUCAGUACCAUAAGGAAAAUCUACUCAACAAGUGGGCCAAUCAAGCUGCCGCGCCACCCGUUGAGGAAACAAACAACAACACGAAAAUCAAACAUUCCCAAUCAAAUAUGCCAUAUAAUCAAGAGUAUUCUAAUAAAAUGACAUCGCAAAACUCAUUUCGUUACCACCCCUAUCAAUACGAUCGAUCAAACUCUCAAUCUUCGCAAGUCUCGUCAUCGAGUCCCGUUUAUCUCGCACAACCCACACCAUCACCAAGUCCGAAACAAUGCGAUAAAUGCGGAUACGUUUGCGAGUCGGCCGCACAACUUUCCGAACAUAUAAACGUUACCCAUCCGCCAACGCCGGCUAAUCACCACGGAAAUUACCAAAACUAUAACAUGUUUGCCGGGUGCGAUAUCAUCAAAACCGAGGGAGAACAACAAAGCGAAAUUUUAGAUCUUGAUUCCCAUAAAGUUCACCAAGUUUUCACGGAAGAAGAAAAGAGGCAAAACGCUGAAAUGAUUAGUCAAAACCCGCAUUCCGUAUCUGCCAUGUUAAAUCAAUGGUCACCCGAACAUCAAAAUUCGCAACCAAAAAUGUUCGGGCAAGACGCUAGAAUGUAUAUGCCCCCAGAAAAGGGGAUAUUCCCCAACGGUAUGAUCGAUCAAAAAUUAUUUCAAUCAAGUCAAUCACAAAGCGAUUUUAUUCCAAACGGCUUAACCGCCGAUAGUGGGAUGAACCCCGGAUACAGAGCUUUUGAUAUACCGCCUCAAGCGCCGAAUCCCGGGAUAAUACCUGGAAAUCAACCCGGUCCUCCGCAAUCAACACCAACGCCCACAAAAAGCGCUACGUGGAAAUCGAAUGAAGCAAGAAGGCCAAAAACGUAUAAUUGCACAGCUUGCAAUAAAUGGUUUACGAGUUCAGGGCAUUUAAAACGACAUUAUAACACGACGUUACAUAAAAACGCCGUUAAAUCAAGUGGCCAACCCGAUCCUGCGACUUUGCCAAUUAGCACCCAUCACCAUCCGGCUAGAGGGGAUCAAAAUAAUCGGGGAGAUGAUCAAUCGUCGAAUAGUCCAAGGGAAGAAUCACGAACAGAACAGGAACAAGUACAAAAUUUUGAUCGCACACCGAUGAUGCAGCAAUCACCCGCUGGUCCUUACGAUCGCCCUCCAGGGCCAAACGUGCAUCAUCCGAUUGGUUUGCAUCACCCAACCGGCCUACCAAAUUUGUCGGGGAGUCCCCCAAACGGGGAGGCAGGCCCCUCAGUUAUCGAUUCGAGGGGCCUGCUAUCACUCAACACUAUGGGCAAUACCAGCAACCCACUAACCAGCACCAGCAACAGUGGUUUCCUGCCCCCUAUGGUGAUGCCAAUGGAAGCCACCCAAUACCAGAUGUACCCAAACGGGGAUGCCCCCCACGUUUCGCCAGUUAUUAUCACCAACAACCACAAUACUACUGGUGAAGAUCACGUCCAAGAAUACCACGCCCAUUUAACUGAUAUCAGUACUUCUACUGUGGAAGAGGGCCAACCUUUGCCCAGUUUCUCGCAAAUUCAAGGGCACAGAUACGGCCACAUGGGCAAUUAUCAAGCGGACGUGGGGGGCACGGGGUCGGUAACGGCCCCUUACUCGUACUACAGCAACUCAUUUAACCACACGAAAAGGUACAACCAACAAAAUAACUCUUCAAAACUUUCAGUACUUACACCGGCAGAUCCCACAUCGAUAGAAGGCGAUAUGUAUCCAUUAGCGCCUAUUAAUAAUAAUAAUUUAAUAGUAGCAACCGAUGGACAAUUAAGGCCUGAAGUUAAAUACGAAAUGUCAAAUUUUCCACCUGAAUCUGCUCGUACCAGUGGAGAAAUGGAAGAGAACAACCCACAGAUAACAUCCACGUCGAACAUCGUCAAACCACAGCCGUUACACAAAUGCUUUGAUUGCGAUAAGGUUUUUAAUAAAUCUUGUUAUUUAACACAACAUAACAAAACUUUUCACAGCGGCGACAAACCGUUCAAAUGUGCCAGAUGCGGGAAAAGAUUUUCCUGCGAACAACAGCACAUGGAGCAUCAGAGCAAACACGCGGGAGACAAACCUCAUAAGUGCGACCAAUGUCCAAAACAGUUCAAUCACAAAACCGACCUGCGAAGACACAUGUGCCUUCACACCGGUCAAAAACCCUUCGUGUGCGAGCUAUGCGGAAAGGGAUUUAUCAGGAAAGAUCAUAUGGUGAAGCACGGCGAAACUCAUCUUAAGAAACCACAUUCCAAAUCAGGUUCCGCAACCAGUGCUAUUUCCGUUGCGGACCAAUAACUAAAAGAAAUAUGAAAGUUUUUUAUUAUGAAGUUUGUCUUUGUGUGUAUGUCGAUUUGAAUAACCAUAAAAUAAGUAAAUAUUAUUCAAAGCGGCAUCCUGGCGUCGUUUACUCAGAUGUUCUGUUAUUUUUGUUGUAUAUAGUUACUUUUUUUAAGUAUUUUUUUAUUGUAAUCGACAAGUUAAUUGCUCAAAGAUUAUUAAUUUAUACAUAAAUAUGUAGAUCAGAACAGUUGGGUUAAUUUUCUAUGACGCAGUUUAUUCAACACAUUUUUUUGUUACUAUAUUGCCACUGUGAUUGUUCAUAUUAUAUAAUUAUAAUUAAUUAUUAUGUAAUUAUUAAAUGUUAAUUAUUAAAAAUGAAUUAUUAAAAAUUAGUUAUUAAUUAUUAAACAUUCCGUGUGAUUUCGAUCAUAUUAUUGUAUUACAAUUUUAUUCCAGUAUAAACGAGGUCAUUGAAAAUUAACCAUUCUGUAAUAAUGUAUAUUUUUAAAAAAAAGAGCAAUAUACGAAAACAAUAGGAAAUAAGUGGUAGUGACGAGGAAAUACUUAAGCAAGAGAAUAAAAAAUAUUACUACUAAUAUGAACAAAACAGAAAUACCUCAGUCUUCUCAGUUAUUUUAGAUUUAUAAAUACUAUAAUAUUAAUAUUUAUAUCAGAUUAUAUUAAUAAUUAAUACUAUAUCAAUUUUGUGUACAAAUGAAGUUAGAAAGAGAACUGACGUUGUAUAUUGAAUCAGAUUCAGAUGAGAAAAAAAAUAACAUAUAAAAUAAAAAAAGAUUUUAGCUAGUGAAUGUAAAAGUGGUUAUGCGUUUGCGUACCAUAAAUCAAUUUUAAUAAUGUAUUAACGCAAUAAAUAACCUGUACAACGCAGACAAUUUUUGAUAUUUAAUUGAUGGACGAGGACGUUUGAAUGAUUCAUUUUCUAGACAAGUAUAUUUUUCCGAUACCGUAACUACCUCAGUUUUUCAAUAUGAAUCUCAAAACUAAAUAAUACAGUGCCAAUCAGUGAACACACAAUAAAAUUAGUGUCUAUCUUCGUGCCAAAACCGUCCCCCGAUCAAAUCGAAAUCGAAAAUCAACGAAACGCACUCAAAUUUACUUUCGUUUCGUUGAUUUUCCAAAUAACCGUUUGAAUCUAGGGGACACUGUUGUGUAUUUAAAUUCAAUUUCGUUUUAUUAUUAGUGCAAUUAUUAUCUAGAACGGUUUUUAUUCGACGCUGUGAUCGUUUAUUACUAUUUCUUUCUGUAUUCGAAAAAACAGGAUGAUAUAAGACGAGUGCUCGAUAAUUGUAUUGUUGUUGUUCCUAAGUUCAGUCGAAAGAGUGCGAAUUCGAGUGAACAUUUGUAAGUUACACACGACCCCUGUUAGCGUUGUUGUCAGAUGCAUUCCAGGUUCUAGAUAAUUGUGUAUCAUUUGUUAAGACUGAAUAUUUAUUCCGUCAUUUUUUUAAUCUGUACAUAUGAUUUCUCUAAUUUGCAUUUUCGGAUAAUGUGUUUAUAUCAAAUUAAUAUGUUAAAUAAAUUAAAUAUUGAUUAUAA